AUGACAGUAUCAACUUCUAUACAUGUAUCUAUUCUUAAUAAAGUUACUAAUUCAAACAAAUGUCCUUUAAAAGUAACUUUAGUUGAAAUUCCUAAAGAGAUGCCAAGUAAAGUUAAUAAUGAUACUGUUAUUAAGAUACUAGUAACAGACUAUUCUG